CGCCACAUUACACAGACACCUCUGGUCAGCAAUGAAUAGCAUCAAAGCCGUGAUUGUGUGUUGCCUCCUGGUGACCGUCUCCGCCGGUGUAGACCGAAGGAGAGGUGGACAAGGAUCCAACAGAUUCCUUCCUGGAGGCUUCGCUGACGUCCACGGAGGCGGUCUCUUCGGCAGCGGUUUUAAUGGUGGCGGAAUCCAUGGUGGAAUUCAUGAUGGAGGUAUCCAUAGUGGAAUACACGGUGGUAGUGCUAUUAUCGGCAGUGGAAUCUCCAGUGGCCCAAGUGAAUGCAGAUAUUGGUGCAAGACUCCGGAGGGUCAAGCCUACUGCUGCGAGACGGUGCAUGAACCAGAGACACCUGUUGGCACCAAGCCACUCAAUUGCCCACAAGUCCGUCCCACAUGCCCACGAUUCCAUGGACCCCCCAAUACCUGUUCCAACGACUACAAGUGUGCUGGCCUCGAUAAGUGUUGCUUCGACAGGUGUUUGGGAGAACAC